GGGCGGGGCGUGUGGAGGGGGCUCAAACAUUUGUACAAUACACCUCAUGCAAUAAUUCACAGGUUAUAUCAUAUACAAUACACUACAAGCAAUAAGUCACAGGUUAUAUCAUAUACAAUGCACUUCAUGCAAUAUCUCACAGGUUAUAUCAUAUACAAUACACUUCAUGAAAUCACUCACAGGCUAUAUCAUCAAUGCAUGCUUUUUUAAAUUGUUCCAUGUCCAUAAUGACAUGAAACUUUUCACCAAUAUACUUUCUAAAUUGCAAUUUUUCCUUUCCCCGGGCCCGGUCUAAUCCCUAUUGUUUAACCCUUCUUGUCUAAAGAAUGAUAACCCUGCCCUUUUGUGCUUAAAAUAGAAACCGUUCACGGAGCUGAAUUUCAUACAUUGAAUUUUGCAGCUGAAUUUGGGGACAUUGAAGAUAUUUCUGUUGAAUUUUAUACAUUGAAUUUUGCAUCUGAAUUUUGCAUAUUGAAUGUUUUUACGUUGAAUGAUAGACUUUGAAUUUGUGAACAUGAAUAUGAAAAUUAUUUGUGGAAAAUUGAUAGAGUUCAGAGGACGAUUGGUUGAGACAUUUAUUAGCAGCGCUAAAAAUUCAAUGACUUUUUUUUUCCAAAAUCCGAAGAGACAGAUCUACUUCCAUACGAGUACCUCGACUCGGCUUUCUGUGGUUCUUCUCUACCCGCUCGCCAGUCUUUACUUUUGGGUUUUGCACGAUAUAGUUAUAGAUAUACAGUAGUAUAAAAACGUAUCAUUUUCAUUCAAAAGAAGUCCUGUCACCUUGAUUCUCCCAACGCUUCAGCGCGCGGCUGGGGCUUUGCCGCUCCAAACUCUCCCCCCUAAUACUUCUAGAUUCUAACUAUGCCGAUAUUUACCCUAAAAGGCUCUGCUCACCUCAUCAGUGGCAUCCUGCCUGAGAGUUUGAUAGCGCUCGGCCACCAGCCUGAGCCUCAGUAUUGUCACGUCGGGGUUACCAAACUGCCCUAUCCUUUUCAGUUGAGUUGACCAUUUAUUCAAGUACGAUAAGAAGCACAGUCUGGCAAGCGGCUACAGUUGGUCUGGCUUGGGCGUCCAACAUUUGGUUGUUAUCAGUCUGUGGCCGUGACAGGUGGUGCUCAGUUUCAAAAUCUAUUUGGCCCGUUGUCUAAAGUGACGCCAUCUCUGUAAGAGCAACUUGAAAUGUGUGUGGGAUAUCUUCACCAGCUGUCUUCAUGUUCUCAUUUUUAAACAAAGGACAGCUAUAAAUUCGAGCUGCACUGGGGCUUGAAGAUCAGAACUAACCCCAGAGCUGGUAGAGCAGACCAGACCUAGUCAACACCAAAUCAAGAUCCACCUGAAGACAAACUAAACCAAGGCCAGACCAAGGAGCACCUCAAGCCCAAACGGAGGUCCAGAAGAGAACCAUGGAGCGCACGUUCCUCCUCUUGGUGGCCUUCAUCUUCUCCAGCGGCCAGUGCCAAGAUACGGACCCCUCCAGGGACCCCGAUGCCAGCCUGGCCGUCUGCAAGCCCGAUAUCUGCAGCCUCAUCAGAGACUUAGGGGUCCAUAGUGCCCAGAUUUUGGAGCUGCAGAGGCUGAUCCAGGAGCAGGCCCAGCAGCUAAAGGCUCUGAAGGAGAGCACAUCGACCGCUGUGCCCCGGGUGGCCUUCACCGCCGGGCUGGGCCACUCCAUCGGCCCCGUCACCAUUAAAAUGCCGGUCAAGUACCAGGUGAUCAUCUCCAACAUGGGCAACGGCUACAACCCGGCCACGGGCAUCUUCACCGCCCGGGUGUCCGGCAUGUACUACUUCAGCUACACCAUGUACAACAACAAUAGGGGUUCAACGCCCAACUCGGAGAUGUCACUGAUGAAGAAUGGCCAGCUGAUGGCGUACACCUCGGACAUAGUGGGGAACGACUUUCAGAACAGUGCCACCAACGCUGCGGUGCUGCGGCUGGAGGCCGGAGACAACGUCUACACCGAGCUCUACGCCAACCGCCGGAUAUAUGACGAUGGCGCCAACUACAACACCUUUAGCGGCUUCCUGCUCUUCCCUCUGUAAAAGGCCGUGGGCCAUUUAGUGAGUUUUGAGGUUGAUUUUCCAGAGUGAUGGUGGUUCAAAGGAGGGGUAACUGGAUUAGGCAGUAACUUGUGUUCACUCUAAAAUGUAUUUCUAUUAAGCUGAGCACUCAUAGUAGUUUACUCGGGAUAUCCUAAAAGGCUGAAUGUUAAAACAGCUUAACGCGGCAAAGAAAUAUUUGACUUUGACGAAAAAAAAA